ACCUUUUUUUAUCAACCUCGUAUUGUGUAUUGCCGCUUGUAGUGACUUUUAUUUUGAAAACAUUCCACGUCUCAUGGUUUCACUUUCUGGUUACGCGCAAUAAAAUGUGUAAUAAACACGUUGUAUCUGUUCUCGCUGCUCACUCAAAUGUUAUUUAGGAUUAAAUGUCUAUAAUUUGAAAUAAAUGUAUGUAACGUAACACUAACAAAGCGUUGUUGGUUUGUUUCCCGUACUUUUAUUGUGAAUGCGUCAGCAGCAGCAGCGUGUUGAGAUGUAAACAUGGACAGGCCGGACACUACAUUCAGUCUGGCUUAUAUAGUGCUCUCGCUGUGUUUUGUAUUUACACCCAAUGAGUUUCGCUCGGCUGGUUUUACAGUACAGCACAUGUUCUCAGGAUGGUUGGGCAGUGAGGACAUCAGCUUUAUUCAACAUCACAUCAAGAGAACAACACUAACACUGAUCGUCCACUGUUUCCUGCCACUGGGUUACUACGUAGGGAUGUGUUUGGCUGCUCCUGAACAGAAUCUUCUAUACAUCCAUCAUGCAAGUCAGGGAUGGCAAAUCUAUCUCGCCGUUUCACUGGCCAUUCAGCUCGUGAGUUGUGCACUGGCUUUCUAUUGGUCCAGACAAGGAUGGGUGAAUCAUCCCAUAUGUAAAGCUCUCAGCGUUCACGCCCUCCCAAACUCCAGCUGGAGGGCCGUGGCGUCAUCCAUCAACACUGAAUUUCGCCGCAUUGACAAAUUUGCUUCGGGUUCUCCGAGCGCAAGAGUGAUUGUGACCGAUACCUGGGUGCUGAAGGUCACCACGUAUCACUUGCAUGUUGCUUUGCAUCAGGACUGUCAUUUGACCGUCACCGACUCCAAACAUCACAGCCUGUCACCUGAUUUAAACACACCAGUGCAGAUAGUCACCAUCACUGUUGCCAGUAUCAAUCCCAGAGUCAAGUCUUUUGACAUAAGGUUAAAAUCUACAGAGUAUGUUGAGCUACAGGAAAAACUGCGCGCACCAAUCAGAAACGCUGCCAAUGUGGUCAUCCAUCUGACCAUGAGUGAGCUGUUUCUGGAUACCUUCAAGUCAUAUGUGAGGAUGAAUGAUGUUUACAGGUGCCCAAGUGGACAGGAACCUGAGCCGUGUAUUGGAUGUAUGCAGGUCAAUGCUAACGUCAAACUUCUGCGGCUGUGUCAUGAUGACAGUGAAUGUCAGCUGUGUUUCUGUCGGCCCAUGUGGUGUCUUACGUGUAUGGGUAAAUGGUUUGCCAGUCGACAGGACCAGCAGCAGCCAGAGACGUGGUUGAGCAGCAGGGUCCCGUGUCCCACCUGCAGGGCCAAAUUCUGCAUUUUAGAUGUCUGUCCUAUUAUUUGAUUCAAUAUGGAAUCGUAUAUCUGCAGAUCUUUCUCAACCUGAUGUUUCUGAGCAUUUGUGCAAAACGCCUUAAGUGGUUUUGAAGAUAUUUUCGUAUCAGAUACUGUAUGUGUUGUAUCUAGAUUUCUCAUUCAACAAACAUCCACAGCGAAAUUCGACCUAGAUUUUCAAAAUCUCUGUGCCUCUCAAUGUAGUAAGAUAUUUUUCCAUAUUUCACAUAUUAUGGAUUCUCAAAAACGUGUCAAAGUCACAUGUCACAGGCAAAACAUUAACACUGUUUUUGCCAUCUAAAUAAGCUACCCCUCAAAAAUCUCAUUUUGAUGCCAAAAAAUGUAAAGAUUUAUAGUUUAUGGUAUUUUCACAUCAUGGUGGUAUUCAUUUAUGCUGAUUUUAAAAUAAAAACUUAUCAUUUCACAAUUACAGUCACGUACUUGUUUUAUAUCAGCAAACUGAUUAGCCCGAAUAUCCAGUGAUAAAACAAUUAAAAAACAGG